AUGGUCGACAUGCCCGAGUAUAUCGACUGGUCAAAUCAAAGUAUAACUUUUGGCAAGGAAGAUCACCCGAAGGCCGUCCCGAGGCCCGGCCACGCAGCCCUAGUCCUUGAAGCACAGAUUGGGGGAUACAACAUGAGCAAAGUGUUCAUGGAUGGAGGAAGCGGCCUGAAUCUGCUGUUCGCCAGCACGAUGAAGAUAUCACUGGACGUAGUUUUCGGCACGCCCAACAACUUCAGAAAGGAGAAAAUCGAGUUUGAAGUGGUCGAUUGGGAAUCCCAGUACCACGCCAUCCUCGGCAGACCUGCAUUCGCGAAAUUCAUGGAGGUCCCCCACUACGCAUACCUAAAGCUGAAGAUGCCAGGCAACAACGGGACAGAAAUAACCAUACAUGGAAGCUUCUCCCGUUCGGACAGCUGUGACAGGGAUUUCCAGAAGAUUGCCUCAAGGUUUGGGGUUAAGGAAGAACUCAACGCAAUCGAUGCUAUCACAGACCACACAAAGCCACCGGAUGACAACCGAAACGUGAUAUCCGAUGAGUUUGAUGUCACGAAGGAAGCAAAGAAGCUGCAGGUGCAUCCCGCCGACCCGAAGAAGACGGUCAAUGUUUCGGCAGACCUCACAGUCGCAUAG